AUGAUCGACUUUACGAGGUGUUUGUCUCGAUAUACCAACAAGAAGACAUUUACCGAACCGGCAUCGCUUCUCUUACUGCGUGUAUCAAUAUCAAUUUUUAUCAGUUUUAUAUUUCUGUCGUACAUCGUUUACUUACUGGUAGCCAUCAAGAACGAUGAACCUGUGCUCAGGUUUACGCAAGAACCAUUAACGAAAAUGGAAAUACCUGAUAUUGAAAUAUGUUCGGACAACAGUGAUGUUAUUAUAACGCAAUGCAUAUUUUACAUGACGGGAUUUCAAAAUAACAAAUACUACGACAACUGCACAACUCCGGAAGGAAUAAAUUAUAUUAUACCAGGAGACAAGUCGGGUACUACUGGCACAUUUUGUAACCUGUUCACUACAAAUAAAACUGUCUAUUUUCCGCAGUCAUCCGAAUAUGGAGUGAUUGCUGUCGAGUUUCUAUUUAAAAUCGUAAAUCUCACGGCUUCCGUAAAGAAUAGCCGUACAGUUCCUGCGAUUAGUAUCCAACCAUAUCACCCAGACUUUAACUCACUUUGGAAACAGCCACCUAAUACUCCCAAAGCAUUAACAUUCGAAGAUCAACUGCGGAGUCAACUAAACUCAUUCACGGGAAUGCAAAAUUAUCUUACAAAGGUUUCUUUACGCCAAUCAAAAUUUCGUGCAAUUAAUCAUAAAACCUUCCGAUCAGUGUUUGGUCUAGAGCCCGCAUAUUACGAUUACCUUUUCUUUGACAUUGACGCAAAAUAUUUCCCCCUUGAGCCUAAUCCUACGUUUUCACCUACAACCAACACGGGCGUAUUUUCCAUACAGCCUCAGUUUUUUGAACAGGAAGUUAAAGAGCAACAGAGAACAAAAACUUUAUUGUCUUCCUUGGGUCUCGCUGGUGGUGCCUUUGGCAUAUUAUUUAGUCUAUACACAGUUCUUUUUGGAGAAUCUCGAUUAAAACCAUGGGGUAUUUUUCACCGAACACUCAUUAAACGAACACAAAUUUCCAACCAACUUCAGUCUCUCCCUCUGGUUAGUCCUGUCCAAUCGUCGACUUUGACAUUGUCUUCAUCAGAACGGGCCAUGCGUCUGGAAAAUCGUGUACAAGAACUUGAGGAAUUGUUGCAAGAUUAUUUCUUGGACACAUCAUACUUGAGAAAAGUUGGCGAAAGUGCCUUUGGAUACAAAGAGAAUAAAAGCGUUGUAAUGAUUGAUAGUGUACAAAAACCAUCUAUGAAAAAUGAGAAGUACGAUGAAACAGAAAAGAUCGAAAAGUAA